AUGGCCGAAGUGGAUAACCAGAUUUCGGGCAAAAGAGCCCUCGACCUUUUCAAACUGACCCUCAACUUCAAUGUCAUCAGCAGAUACGACCCCAAAGCCAAACAGCUCUUGUACACGACCUCCCACUGUGUGAUAUACAAGUUUGGAGAAAGCCAGGAAUGGGAAAAAACCGAGUUUCAAGGCACGCUAGCGCUCUAUUUGAGAGAGUUCCAGCCUCUAGCGCCUGGAGAGAAUUUGGGGUACGAGCUGCUCCAGAAGCUCUUCUGCUACGGGUUGAUUUUGCUCAAUAGACAGAGUCCAGAGUGCUUUUCACUUGGUCUUUUGCCCAACAAGGUGACAAACCACUUUUUCCCCAACGGCGUUCAAAACAACGGCAUUCUCGAGAUGGACGUGGAGAUCAACGACAAUUUGAUCAUCGUCAAGGACUUGUUGGGAGAUAUCUACGGAUUGUGGGUGUUCAACGAGGAGGACAGAAAGAAGCUUUUCCAGCUCAUGGAGUUUUGUUUGAAGAACGAUGUUCCUAUCAUGCAGCAGUAG